GUGUUUUCUUUUUAAUUAUUUAUAGAUGAAUAAAGGAUUGUUAAAAGUACAUUCGGCAUCCUCGUGGUUAUAGAAUGCAACAUGAACGGGACAGCACACUCAUUUGUCACUGUACUUGCUGCUAUUCUGCAUUGCUUUAUACAUACGGUUUAGGGGCCAUUUGCAGCCAGCUGUCUUUUUUUUCCCAUCGCAUAGCAUGUAUUAAAAUUGCUUUUGAUAUGCCCCACAAUGGUAUUUAAAAAAUAGAUGUUUACAAAAACAUGAAGUGACUUGAGUAAUCGAUACUAGCACGACUAUUACUAAUACAUGUUUUUAGACAUGCAAAGACACAAAUACAUUUACAGCUAAAACAGUUACAAUAUAUUUUCAUAACGCUGUGGAGAAAAAAGACAAUUCCGUUUCAGAAACAAAAAAAAUGUUUUUUUUGCGCCACGGCCGUCGUAUUCCAAUUUCGUCGUAAACCCAAGACUUCUUGUGCCCUGCUUCGCUCACGGUUGCGUUUUUAAUUUGUGUAGGAAUUCUCAAAGUCACCCUUUAAAAUGAAGCAAUACUUUGGGAUAAGGUAUAUGGUACAAAUUAUGCAUAAAUAUUAUGAUGGACAGCGUCAAAACAUUUAAUGAAAUGCAUUCAUAGUCAAUGCAAUAUUUUCCCGUUGUCGAGCAUGGAACUACGAGCGAUGUAAAAACAAGCGUAAGUGAACGCAUCCAUGGUUAGCACGACAAGCUAGCAAUGGAGAAGUCUGAAGGGAAAGCAUGGAGGGUAAAAUACACACUGACACCCCACGUGCCUGCAGCGACUACUGGAGUGAAUAUAGACACUGCAGGAGCUUGUGGAAUCGUUUCCAUCACUACUACACUUAUGGUACCUCUCCAUCCUGCUAUCAGUGGAAAGAGGACUAUUACAACUGUAAAGCAUGCGAGAAGAGCACAGGUGGUGAGGCCAAGGAAGCGCUGCAGAGAAGCGAAAGGAACAGAGUAGCAGAACAGAGAAAGUUCUCCCCGGUGUGGGAGCUGAGGCGAGACCCACCCAGCGACUGGCACCUGCCACUCAACCAUGAAAAACCUCAGGACUCUUGAACCGUCAUACACAAAUGACGCGGUAACU